AAUUCGAAGAACAAGAAACAAACUGUUGUCAGCGGCAGCGGUCGAUUCAGUCUUUCUUCUUUCCUUCGUCUCGCUUUGCCUCCUCCGUCUUCCGGAAAUUUUUGCUCGAACGAACCCCUCCGUUUCGCCUCCUCUUCCUCGAAGGCUACCAUGGCGCCCUUCUCCUCUUAAUUUGAUCCGUGCCCACCAUAUAGCACUUCUCGAUUAAGAGCUCUGUGGUUUGGAACCCGAAAGAUCGAAUCUGCUGCCGGUUGUUUAGCUGAAGAUCUCAGCGUCAUGCCGGGUGAUCUCCACGGGCCGUCCCUUCGCGAUCUCCUCUGCAAUGCAUGCGCUGGGGCGUCCGCCGGGAUCAUUGCAGCGACGUUUGUGUGCCCGCUGGACGUGGUAAAGACGAGGCUUCAAGUGCAUGGAUUGCCCAAUCUUCCACAAUCUUCGCGGCGGGGAAGUCUUAUCAUUUCAAGCUUAGAACAAAUAAUUAGGAAAGAAGGAUUUAAAGGAAUGUAUCAUGGCCUUUCUCCGACAAUUUUAGCGCUACUUCCAAAUUGGGCAGUGUACUUUACAGUUUAUGAUAAGCUUAAAGGGCUACUUCAUUCACAUGAUGCAACUAAGGUAGACAAUCAACUUUCGGUUGGAGCAAAUGUUCUUGCUGCCUCAGGUGCAGGGGCUGCAACGGCAGUUGUGACCAAUCCUCUGUGGGUUGUUAAGACCAGACUUCAAACUCAGAGGAUCAGACCUGGAGUAGUUCCUUACAAGAGUGUAAUGUCUGCAUUGAGAAGGAUUUCAUACGAAGAAGGCAUCCGAGGGUUUUAUAGUGGUCUUCUUCCAGCUCUAGCUGGUAUUAGCCAUGUUGCAAUCCAGUUUCCAGUAUAUGAAAAUAUCAAAUUGCACUUAGCAAACAAAGAUAACACCACGGUGGAUAAGCUCAGUGCUGGUAGUGUGGCUAUUGCUUCUUCGCUCUCAAAAGUGCUUGCCUCCACAAUGACCUACCCUCAUGAGGUUGUGCGGUCCAAACUGCAAGAACAAGGACAUGCUCGCAACUCUCUAACUCAAUAUGCUGGUGUCGUGGACUGUGUUAAGAAGGUCUUCCGGAAGGAUGGCAUAUCUGGAUUUUACCGUGGCUGUGGCACAAAUUUGUUACGAACCACCCCAGCAGCUGUUAUCACAUUCACCAGUUAUGAGAUGAUUCAAAGAUUUUUGCAUCAAUUUGUUCCUUCUGAAGAAAGCCAUCCAGAAAUAAUCCCAGAUGCUGGAAGUCAGAAAAUGAAGAGACUAGUUUGAAGCACCAGAGAUCUAGUUGACAAAGAGAACACUUGCCGCAGGACACUGACUAAUAAUUCCCUUUCACCUUGACCUGGAUCGGUGGCUCUACAAUAGGAGUGAAAAGUCAAGAAAACUAAUAAGCAGAAAUGCUUAAGAUAACAAUUGAUUUUGGUUGUAUUCUUUUGCCACGUUAGCAUAAUUGUUGUACUUUUUGUCUACUUCAUAGAAAAGGAACAUUUGUAUUGAUUAAAUCAUUUUGUUAUGAGAAUUCCAAGUGACAAUCUUCACAUGGUCACCUCAAGCGACCAGA